AUGAACUUUGCGGCUAAUCCUCAAGAUCUCAUUUAUCAUGAAAAGCAAGAAGGACGUCUGUGCGCAGUCCACUGUCUGAACAAUCUCCUGCAGGGCAGCUACUUCACCGCCGUUGACCUGGGCAACCUGGCCGACCAGCUGGAUGAGGCCGAACUGCGGCAAAUGGCUGAAGGUGGCUUCGACGGCGAGGACUACCGUCGAUUUGUGGCCUCACCAUCGUCCAAUAAAGACGACACCGGAUACUUCAGCCUGCAGGUGAUCGAAAAAGCGCUGAGCAACCUCACCAUAGAGAUGAUUAAAUUCAACAGCAAGUCGUCCAACCUGGCAAUCAGCUUGCGAGCCAAUCCAACGUAA